CACCCCAUUUCCUUCUCUCCCUCCCAAUUUUCUCGUAUUUUUUUAGCUUCUCCCUCUCUUUUCCCGUUCCGCCGAAGCCGCGUGCGCGGUUUCGAGCACGACCUGUGGGAUUCGGAAACCCUAACUUCCCGGAUGAAAUGGGAGAUGGAGAUGGAACAGAUAGAAGCUGUCCUGGAGAGGAUCUGGGACAUCCAUGACAAGAUCAGCGACGCCAUCCACGCCAUCUCCCGAGCUCACUUUUUGAAAUCGAUUAAGAAUCUCUCCCGGCCUUCUCUGGAGAAGAAGCGUCUGCCGAACGAAGAAGUGGGUGAUGGAUGCGACGAAAGGAGAUGUGGGUACGUUUUCGUUAAGGGUUUCAGGGCGGAUGAGGACGCCGCCCUCGCUGAGGCAAGGAGCCUCAACGCCAUUAGGUCUGCACUGGAGAACCUCGAGGAUCAGAUCGAAGUCUUUCAUACCAUACAAUCACAGCAACAAGCAGAGCGAGACGCUGCAAUAGCACGGCUAGAACAGAGUCGUAUUAUUCUGGCAAUGAGACUUUCUGAACACCAGGGGGAAAAACAUAAGUUUAUUGAAGAAGCCCAAGCAUUUCUUUCGGAUGUGCAAGAGGCUAGUCAAUUCAUUGCUCCAGAGAACCUAUUUGUAGAACCAAAAACUCAACCUAGCGAAGUUGCCGGCACUGAAAAAGAAUCCAAACCACACACAUUCAUGCAGAUGUUGAUUUCUAGCCUUGCACUUGCCAAAUCAUCACUUAACUUGGAUAAGUUUAGUGGUGUCUUAGGCAACGCUGCUCUCUUUGCUGUGAGUAUGCUGGCCUUACUACAGAUGCAACAGGCAGCCCUCAAACAUGAUGCUCCCGCUUCAUCAAUCCGAAGUUCUUACAGGAGCAAGAGUGAGAGAACGGCAGCUAAGUUCUGUUUCAGUGAUUCGAUGCUAAAGGAAUUACUAGUGAUGUCUUCAUCAGAUUAGAUGAGGUUUACUUUAUGCAAACUUCUUCAACUUACGCACUUGGUAUUGCAAGAGUGAUUCUGUUAUCCUUCUGCAUAUCCGCCACCUUUUUACUUAAUCCAUGUUCCUUUUAGAGGCUCCGCUGAUUGGCACAUGAUCAUCUCUACGAAGGUGAUCAUGUGGAUGUUUAUAUAUAUAUCACCAUUUUUAGUCCCCUACAUAGAGAUGAUCAUGUGGAAGUUUAUAACCAAUCAACGAGGCCUCUAAAAGGAUCAUGGAUUAAAUAGAAAGGUGGCGGAUAUCAGAAGGAUAAUAGAAUCAAGUAUAAUAUUUAUUUUAUUGGGAC